AGUCUCCCGAGUACUGGGAUUACAGGCAUGUGCCACCACGCCCGGCUUAAAGUCGACUUUUUAAGGAAAAGGCUUAUAUUCAUACCUAAACAAAAGGCAUACAUGAGAAAAGAGACAGCGAGUCUCCUACCCCACUCCUUUGCCAGGAGCAGCUGCUGCCUUGACCUCAAAUUGUUUUAUAAAAUUAUCUCUUAACAUCCUGGAGUAUCUAAUACAAAACUUUUGGAAUUAAACCACUGUACUGAGACAGCCCUUCCAGUACUAACAAUUGUGGCAGAUUGUCUCCUGAAUUUUUCUGAAGACUUCUGUGGUUUAAAACAACAUAAUUAGUAACAACUGGCUGAUGUUAAGUGAAAAAAGUAGGAUCCAAAACAAUGAUAACCCAAAAAUUCAGUUACUCCGGACAACACUAGCCCUUCUGUUCUUGGGAAGGUAAACUACCAGCGCCCAGGGCCUUGUCUGCCUUCCUUAUCAGUGGGUGUCCUGGUGCCCAGUGCAGUGCUAACCCAUGGCAGCUGUGCGUUACACACGUGAACACUUGGCUGUUACAGAUAACCACGUAACGAGUAUGUGUGUGGGUUCUCCCCUUCCUUGGCUGUCACCUUGGAAAAGAAUACUAGAAGUGGGAAUUUCCCACGAAGGGUCUGAAUGCUCUCAUGGUUAUCAACACAUUUGCCAGCCUGCUCCCCAGAAGAGCCUUGGCUUUUCGCCCUGCCACCACUACAGUAGGCUAUUUCGCAUCUUGAAAGGAAGAUAAAGCAAAAAUCUUUGAAAUAGAUGGAUCUUUGUUACUUUCUGUGAACUAAAGCGAUCGAUUCAAUGUCUCUUUUGGAUUGUUUCUGUACUUCACGAACACAAGUUGAGUCACUCAGAUUGGAGACACAAUCUGAAACCAGUGUCCGCCAGUGCUUGGUUGAUGAGCCCAGCCUUUCCUGGUCACUUCGAUCUAGAGGCAGUGAGGUGAUAUGUUCCACCGAUGUUUCUAACUAUGAACUGCAAGUGGAAAUAGGAAGAGGUUUUGACAACCUAACCUCUGUACAUCUUGCACGGCAUAUUCCUACAGGAACCCUGGUAACUAUAAAAAUUACUAAUCUGGAAAACCUUACAGAAGAGCGCCUGAAAGCUUUACAGAGAGCAGUGAUUCUAUCCCACUUUUUCCGGCACCCCAAUAUUACAACUUACUGGACAGUUUUCACUGUUGGCAGCUGGCUUUGGGUUAUUUCUCCGUUUAUGGCCUAUGGUUCAGUGAGUCAGCUCUUGAGGACGUACUUUCCUGAAGGAAUGAACGAAACUCUAAUAAGAAAUAUUCUCUUUGGAGCAGUACAAGGGCUGAACUAUCUUCACCAAAAUGGCUGCAUUCAUAGGAGUUUUAAAGCCAGCCAUAUCCUCCUUUCUGGUGAUGGCCUGGUGACCCUCUCUGGCCUGUCCCAUCUGCAUAGUCUGGUUAAACAUGGACAGAGGCAUAGGGCUGUGUUUGAGUUCCCACAUUUCAGCACAUCAGUGCAGCCGUGGCUGAGCCCAGAACUGCUGAGACAGGAUUUACAUGGAUAUAAUGUGAAGUCGGACAUUUACAGUGUUGGGAUUACAGCAUGUGAAUUAGCCAGUGGACAGGUACCUUUUCAGGACAUUCACAGAACUCAGAUGUUGUUACAGAAGCUGAAAGGUCCUCCGUACAGCCCAGUGGAUCUCAGUAUCUUCCCUCAGUCAGACUCCAGAAUGAAAACUUCCCUGUCGGGUGUAGACUCUGGGAUUGGAGAGAGUGUGCUUGUCUCCAGUGGAACUCACACUGUCAACAGUGACCGACUGCACACACCAUCCUCAAAAACCUUCUCUCCUGCCUUCUUCAGCUUGGUACAGCUCUGUCUGCAGCAAGAUCCUGAGAAGAGACCAUCUGCAAGCAGUUUAUUGUCCCAUGUAUUCUUCAAGCAGUUUUUUAACAGAUGCGGGAAGAAAGCCAGGACUCCAUCCUCUUGCAGUUGCCUCCUGCCUGUAACAAGCCAUCAACAGCACUGCCACCAGUGUUGCCUUGGCCAGAGCCCGAGUCUGAUUUUCCUGAGGAGCAAGGCCCAGCUUGGGAGUUUUAGGGCUGCCACAGUUUCGUGUCCUAUAUACUUGACACUUUCUCCUUGCUGCUUUUUCUCCUGUAUUUCUAGGUAUAAAUGCCAGAAUUAUACUUGAAAACAUAGUUGGUGCACUGAAGAAGCUGUUCUUUAAACCACUGUGCUCAUGGGGACAUUGAUUCACAACCCUCAGCUUAGACCAUUGUGCUCUCACAACUCCAGGGAAAUGUCAGCAUUACUAAUCUAGCUGCAGUUGAUUGGUCUCAUCUCUUCUUGAACUUUUUCCAAGCUGUGACUACUUUUCUCAUCAUAAUUUUUUGUUUGUUUUGUUUUUUUGGUACCGGGGAUCAAACUUGGGUCCUUGGGCUUGCAAGGCAGGCGGCGGCACCACUGAGCUAAACCCCCAUCCCUCUCAGCAUAAUUUUUGAGCCAGCUAAUUCUUGGAUGUUCUGCUGUCUUUUUGGUAAUGAGUGACCUAUCCGAGGACAGUGCUUCCAAGGACAUUAUCAUUUUCCAGAGUCUUGGGCCUUUAUGAUCUGCUGCUGUUAGACCAGCAGGCUAGUAGGUCCUGCCACCAAACCCUCUUUUGGAGAAAGGAAAAUGUUCAUACUCCCAUUUUUCUUCUGUUAAUAGAUGGUAACAUCAGACUGAGCAUCACUGACAUUAAAUGAUUCACUUGAGACACACAGAAAAGGGGCUGGAGAUUUGGUUCAGUGGUUCCACUCUCUACCUCACAAGCACAGGGACCCAUUCGAU